GCUCGCCAACUGAAUUCUAACUGAAACCCGCGAAUUGUCAACAUACGCAAGAAAGUACAGAAGUACGAACGAUACUGGCGCUCCACCUCAAACAGUUUUCAUUUCUGUCCCCCUGUGAACGGCAGAGCAUCAACACACCCUCGAAGACCAGGCUACAGGUCAUUUCAUGAUGGCACAUACAGCUAUAAGUGUCCAGCCAGCCAUGGUGGUGACCACUAAUAAUGCAAUGCUAAACCAGUGGAACAGCGGAGUGUGUGACUGCUGUGAAGACAUGGGUAUCUGUUGCUGUGGUUUCUGGUGUCCAUACUGCCUUAUGUGUAGGACCAGUGAGGAAUUUGGAGAGUGCCUCUGUCUCCCCCUGCUGGAGAUGUGCUUUGGUGGCAUCUUGCCUCCUGUCACACUCGCUGUGCGGAGCAGUAUGAGAGAGAGAUUCCACAUCAAGGGUUCGAUACAGGAUGACUGCUGUGUGGUGACCUUCUGCACAGUGUGCGUGUGGUGUCAGAUGGCGAGAGAGCUGAAGGCUCGACGACACUCCCUAGUGGUCAUCAACCCUGCCGUCAACCCUGUUCACCAGCACCCGCAGGCUUUCAACCAGCCUCUGCAACCCAUCAAUCCUGCCUACCAAUGACCUCAGAGCACAUAAUCACACCUGCGGUCCUUUAACCUCAAGCUCCUCAAAGAGCUAAAUCUGUUGUUGAAAUUACAUAGUGAAAUUUAUUCAUUCAUUUUCAUAUUUAUAUCUAGCCUACCUGUUUAACAAUGCCAAUAUUUUUACAGAACAAACAAUAUUGCAUUUUACUAACUUUUUCAGCACUUUUCUCUAUAGAUAAAUUGCCAAAUAUAGUUUAAAAAAAUAAUAGAAAGCUAAGAUUGGGUGUACACCUAUUUGAGUAAAUAAAUAAUAUAUUUCCUCAUAAAA